AUGCCUGUAGGUUCGAUAGCCAAAAAACGAAACUACUGGAUUCAACAAAGCACCAAAGAUGAAAGUUUUGAUAGCAAAUAUGCACUAGGGGAUGAAAUCGGAAGAGGAAGAUCAUCUAUUGUUUACGCCUGUGAAAGAAGGGGUCUUCAUCUCCCAUUUGCAGUUAAAAUUAUUAGAAAAAAUCUUGACAAGAAGGUGUUCAUGGCAGAUAUCGGAGUUCUUCUUGGCCUGAACCAUGAAAAUCUUGUAAGACUGCAGGAGGUCUUUGAAAGCAAAACACGAAUUUUUAUAGUCCAGGAGCUGGAGUAUGGAGGAGAAUUGUUUGACAGAAUCACAACACUGAACACGUAUACAGAGGUCACAGCAGCAAAAGCAAUAAAAGACAUUGUUUCCGGAAUAAAUUACCUCCAUGGCUGCGGAUAUGUAAUAAGAAAUUUAAAGCCAGAGAAUUUACUGUAUGCCACCAUCUUAGAUGACUCCCGGUUAUUGAUUGCUGAUUUUGCUAUGUCAUCCCUUGUUGGCCUUGAAGUUGAUAUGUCUUCUGUGUGUGCUUCACCUGGAUUUACAGCUCCAGAAGUUCUCAAGGGAGUUCACUAUGGGAAAACCUGCAGAUAUGUGGUCAGUUGGAGUCAUUCUUUAUAUAUUAUUAUGUGGUUAUGA